CUCUCCCCUCCCCCGCCUUGUGACACGCACAUUGUGCGAGUGUGUGGAGAGGGCUCUUCCCUCGCCAUCCUCUCUCUCUCUCUCUGCUGCUGUUGCUGCUGCAGUAGUCAUGGCUGCGGACGGGGUGAACGAGCGAUCGCCGCUGCUGUCAGCCCCCAGCUCGGGCAACGUGACGCCGACGGCCCCGCCGUAUUUCCCGGACAGCAGCCCAAGAGCAGAACUCCCGCCACCGUAUACCGCCAUUGCCAGCCCAGAUGCCAGUGGCAUUCCUGUAAUAAAUUGCCGUGUGUGCCAGUCAUUAAUCAAUUUGGAAGGGAAGCUUCACCAGCAUGUUGUCAAAUGCACAGAUUGCAAUGAAGCUACGCCAAUCAAAAACCCUCCUUCAGGGAAAAAGUAUGUUAGAUGUCCGUGUAAUUGUCUGCUUAUCUGUAAGGAUACGUCACGGAGGAUAGGAUGUCCAAGACCCAACUGUAGGCGAAUCAUUAAUCUUGGUCCAGUUAUGUUGAUUCCAGAGGAGCAGCCAGCACAGCCUGCAAUUCCUGUUCAGCCAGAAGGCACUAGAGUGGUGUGUGGGCACUGCGGAAAUACAUUCCUGUGGAUGGAACUGAGAUUCAACACUUUGGCAAAGUGCCCACAUUGCAAAAAAAUUUCUUCUGUUGGAUGUGCACUUCCACGAAGACGAUGUUGUGCAUAUAUUACAAUUGGAAUGAUAUUUAUCUUCAUUGGAGUUGGAUUAACUAUUUCUGAUGUGCUAAUAGGAAAAGGCUGUGUCCCAAACAAGUUAACUCAGAACAGAUUGCAAUUGCUUCAGAAACCUGUAAGGUUGGUACGCAAGAUUUUGCCAGAAACUUUCAUGCCACUUAUGUUUCUUGGGCUAUUGCUUACCUCUUAGGCUUGGUCUGCCUAAUUCGAGCCUGCUACUGGGGAGCCAUAAAAGUCAGUUAUCCAGAACACAGUUUUGCAUAGACUCCUUAUGCUUUCUUAUAGAAAAUGGAUAUUUCUAGAGGGUCUGAUAAUAUGAACUGAGUAACUUAAAUAUUUUUCCUUUUAAUAUUUCCAUUCUGUUACAGAUAGUUAUAAGGCUGGGGAUCCUUUAAGAACAAAUGUUCAUUGCACUACAUUAUAUGCAAAUAAUUUGUUUUGCUGCUAGAUUCCCAACCUCUGAAUACUAAAGCUUUGUUUACACUAUCAUACAUCUGUCUUAAAAGUACUGUUGAAUUCAAUUCCAACUACAGUAUUCUUUUACUAUAUUAAACAGUCUGUGCCAUUUGAGAUGAGUAUGUAAAAGCAAGGUGUUCGAGUUUCUACAAUUGCUUCACAUUUGUAUGUACACUUACAAACUGUAUCAAAGCAGCCUGCUUUAAAAUUUUAAGCAAUAAGCAUUUUGCUUUAACUGCUUACUGUAACUUCUACUUAAGAACAAAGUGAUCUUACUAAGUGUGCAUCAUUUUGAAGAAUGGAGCUUUUGCUAGGGUGUCACCAUUUGUAAACACAGUAUGCUUUCAAAUUUCCAAGUCAAGGUGUAAUAUUUUGGUAGUCCAUCUUAAGAAAAAUGUUAAUUUAAACACAAUUAAAAUUCAGCUUGGAUAAUUUUUUCUUUAUUUCUUUCAAGGACCCUGGCACUUAAUAUUUUUUAUCUUUUUACAGGCAAAGCCAUGAUUGGAUUAAUGGAACUUAAUUGCUAGCAAUUUGUAUGAGUUCCUUUACAGGGUCUAAGUAAGGGAAGCAUUUGAUAUGACUUGUUUUAUAAAUUUAGAUGACUAUAGGGUGAUGUUGGGUUACCUCUCAGUUUGCUUGGAUUGUGGUUUAUUUUCCAUAAUAGGAAAAUAAUUUUCCAGUCACUGCAAAGGGAAAUAUAGCUUUACACUAACUAAUAGGAAAUGAAAUAGAGUAAACAGUUACUCUGAUCAUUCCAUAGAUGUAUAGCUGGUUAGUAUAACACUGAAAACUAGUUGAACAAUACAACAACUAAAGAUGAUUUUCUUGAGGUCACAAAUAAAUUAUGGGGACCAGUUAUUGCACUGCCCAUCUUUGAAGUUUUACACAAAGUGUUUUUUAAAAUUCUGAAGGAAUACCCUGAGCCCUUUAGAUUAAAGUAGUCCUUAGAUAAUGGGAGUUGAGGUUAGAUAAAUGUGAAUGUUCCAGGGUUGUGCAUAAUAUUUUCAAUGAUCUAUAUUCCUGUUUGGGGGCAAAGUGAUGCUUGGGUGAGGAUUUGGAGCACAAUAAAUGUAUCCUUCAAACUGUAAAUGAAAGUCUUUGUAUAAUGUUAAAUGUACAAAAGCAGUAGCUCAGGAUUACCAUGUACCUUUUAAAAUACACUAAUAAAGAUUAUUAUUCAAAGCUAUUAA